GGGGACCCGGGAGAGGGACCGCGCGCGUUCACGAGCGCAGCUCUGCAGCGCUGUUUCUAAAUAUACGUUAAUCACACUCGCAAGUGCAGUUUUUUUUUCCCCCCAGCGUUUACUGUAAAAAUAACAUAAAAUAAAAUAUAAUAAAAUAAUCGGGAAGUUGCGUCAAUCGAGCGCGUAUUUAAGAUGCAGCUGCGCUGUAUUUUGUUUACUUUUUUUUUUUUUUCCAAAAUGCUGCACUACAUUAGAUCAUCUAGAUGGUACCUAGAAAAAAAAAAAUGUUGGCUCGUGCCAGCUACAUUUUUACAAACGUGCUGCAAUUAAUUUGAUAGACCCAAUUUCCUGAAGGAGCCCUGUUGUAAUAAUGAAACAUCCCACGGUGUGCAGUGAAUAACGAACGGAUGACAGUGUGUGUUAUACACACACCUUGGAAUAAAUUCUCACACCGAACGAAAGGCAGUUCCGGCCGUCUUAAGGUGAGCUAUUUUUGGACCUUUCCUGCGCGAGCGUCCAAAGGAGGAUUCGAGCUGUUUUUGGGACAUUCUUCCUGUUGUUUCAUUGGACGGAGCUGUGGCGGUACUUAAGGAAAUCAGCAUGACAUCACAGUCCGCUGGUCCACAUCCUUGGAGAAGCUGGGGGAAAAAAAAAAAAAAAAAAAGUGACGCUGGAGAGGAUGUUGGAGACUUUGAAGGACUUGCCAUUGUAUUUCACUUCGUCUCCACCUUCUCGAGUUAAAAAUGACAUUUUCUGUCAAGCGUUGUAACGGUAAACUUUUGUUUGCCUGAGUGGGUUUUCGAAGAAGCGCCUUGAUUUCAUUCUUGAUGGUUUUCCUGCUGGGGUGGAGACAGCGCGCACCGCGAGCGGCUCUCCAUGUGCGCGUGUGCGUGUGCGUGUGCGCUACCAAGACCGGGGUCCUUCUGACAAUGGAGAUCUAGAUUCUAGGUGGCAUCGCCUCUUUCGUUGGAUUAUGACUUUAGACACAGGAUCCAUGGAGGAGCCCGACAUCGACGUGGUGGGCGAAGGCAGCAAGGACUUCAGAAAGCAGCCUGGUGCUGGGACUGGACCCGUGGGCAAAUCGGAGGCUGAAGUGGACGGCGAAGCUCUGUCCUCCGCGGACCUUCUAGUACCGGGGCAGCGGGGCAAGUGCGACUCCCCCGCAAAAAGCGCUUCCAGCGCGAGCAAAAGCGCGUCCUCCGUGAAGCCCCCGUACUCGUACAUCGCGCUCAUCACCAUGGCCAUCCUGCAGAGCCCCAAGAAGCGGCUCACCCUCAGCGAGAUCUGCGACUUCAUCAGCCACCGCUUCGCCUACUACCGCGAGAAGUUCCCCGCGUGGCAGAACUCCAUCAGACACAACCUGUCCCUCAACGACUGCUUCGUCAAAAUGCCCCGAGAGCCGGGCAACCCGGGCAAGGGCAACUACUGGACCCUGGACCCCAUGUCCUCGGACAUGUUCGAGAACGGCAGCUUCCUGCGCCGGAGGAAGCGCUUCAAGAGGCAGCACUUCAGGUUCGGCGUGCUCAAGGAGCCUCACGUGGACUCGGGGGGGCUUCCCAGCUUCACGUACGGCGCGUACGGGAUAGGGGCUGCGUGCCUGCAGAUGCCCCCUCUGGAGCUGCAGCACCUGGGUGUGGAGUCCCCGUGCGCGGGCCCUCCUCCUCCUGUCAGCAGCAUCCUGCCGGCGCUGUCCACGCUCUUCUGCCGGACGUCCCACGCGGGCGCCAGGACUUUUUUCCCGUCCGCGUCGCUCACCUACGAAUCCCUCGGCGCGUCCGUGUCCUCGUCAUUACUGCACGAGCACGCGCACCUGCCCGCGGGACUCUUCACGCCCGUGGGCUCGCCGCACCUCGUGAGCCUGCAGCAGGAGUACCAGAAGAUGCAGUGUGUGCCGGGCGGCGCUGCGCUCUGCGGCAAGGCGCUCCAGCGGCUCGGCGAAGGCGGCCACUAACUGCGGCGCCGGCUGCGGGGCCACGAGCCCGUCCCGUGGCGGGCACGCGCGCGGUCCGCACUGCGACUCCUCCGGGAGCAGAGCUUGAACCUCAGCUUAUCCUUUUCAGGGGCCUUUUUAUUAUUGCACCGAUCGCUUUCAUCUUUUUAUUGUCCUUUCAAUUGUUGGCAAGGAAGGGCUUCACUUUCGCUUCUUUAAUUACUUUGUAAUUCAACGUAGAUCAUAACUAUUCUAAUAAUAAAUUAG